CGAAGCUUCCCUUGCAGACAAUCAUGCGGCUCCUACAGGUGCUGGUCCCUCAGGUGGAGAAGAUCUGCAUCGACAAGGGUCUGACUGAUGAGUCGGAGAUCCUCAAGUUCUUGCAGCAUGGCACACUGGUGGGGCUGCUACCUGUACCUCACCCCAUCCUCAUUCGCAAGUACCAGGCUAACUCGGGCACUGCCAUGUGGUUCCGGACCUACAUGUGGGGAGUUAUUUAUUUGAGGAAUGUGGAUCCCCCUAUCUGGUAUGACACGGAUGUGAAGCUGUUUGAAAUUCAACGGGUCUAAGAGAGCACUUACCUCUACUAAGAGAAACACACUGGAUCUAAGGACUGCUGUGAGCUGCUUCAUCACAGCUAUUCCUGCAUUUCACAUCCAGCUGAGAGACCAAAAGGACAAUCACUUCAUUUUACCUCCCUGUCAUUUAAAGCUUUAAUUGGGACCUGCUUGGACAUCCCUCCCCCCAGCUCACUGCUCUUCCCUCACCCUUCACCGUGAACCUUGAGUGAAAGACGUCUAAGGGAUUGUCCAUUGUUGUGCUUGCACUAGAAAUCAGACUGUUCUUAGCUCUUCUGUUACUCUUUUGCUCCCAGAUGUGGUUUGGAAACCAGUCUGACCCUGUCCUUGCCCUGGUCAGAGUGAGCAUUUAAUUGAAAAAAAAAACUAGCUGUAAAUUGGGUGCAAGGGAGAAGCUGCUAUUCCUGCAGGAGAGGGGGUUUGGAAACGGCAGUUACUUUCAUGUGGCUCCACAGUUUCCGGGGCAUCCCUUCUGGCUGCAGGUGUCUCCCUGGUGUCUCAGUUGCAUACUGGUAGGGAAGUCUUUCCCAUCCAAAUGAAAGGAGAAGUUGCUGAAGGAAGACUUUGUAUCUCAGUUGUGAAUCUCUCUGCUCCUUUACUGGAAAGCUACUUAAGAAGUUCUGUAGUAGCUGGUGCUUUGGCGUGGCGUGAGAAGGUUUUCCUUGGGUUUCAGGCCCAGCAGCCUGUCCUUCUUGGUGGGCUGUUGCAAUGGAGUGCGUGUCACUUUGGAAAGCCCUGCUUAAUCCGUGUGAGC